GACAGGUGGGAGGCAGAGUAUACGUUCGCGGAUGUAAAGAGUGGAUCCGAGAAAAGAUGAAGGAGGAAAAAAGUGAGGAAAAAAUGUCUUGUGCACCCAGAAAAGCUGCUAUGUUUGGAAAGCGCUCCAACUGCAUGCGUAGGAAUCCCAAAGCAGAGGUUUCUAAACAGGGAUGGCUAUACAAGCAGGCCAGUAGUGGAGUAAAGCAAUGGAACAAGCGCUGGUUCGUCCUCACUGAACGAUGUCUAUUCUACUACAAAGAUGAGAGGGAGGACUCUGUUUUAGGGAGUUUACUGCUGCUCAGUUUCCGGAUAAGUCGAGUGGAGCCUGCAGAUAACAUCACCCGCAAGUUUGCCUUUAAGGUGUGGUUGGAGGAGUGUGAAAAGGAGGAGCUGAAGAAUCCUAUCGUGUUUUGCAUGCAGGCAGAGCACGCUGGGACCAGGACGUACUACUUCAGCACAGACAGCUAUGAGGACCAGGAGAAAUGGCUCACAGCUAUGAGUGAGGCUGCAGGAGUCAUCGUUGAGCCAAAGCAGAGGACAAACUACACAGACAUCACAGGGGAUCUCAUCCAAACUAUGGUGACCAAGGCACCUGACCCUCAGCAGCAUCCUCAAACACACAAUGAAACUGAGACCGACCUGCCCCCCCACCCUAACAUUAAUGAGGCCAACAGCCUUCAAACACUAUUGCUUUCCACUCACCACUCAGAUCAACAGGGAAAAAAGAUUGACAGAGGAGAAGAUGGAGGAGGUAAAGAUAAUGGAGGAGAACCUGGCACUGAUCAUGCACCUCGCCUAAUUCAUCAUCCAAAUGGUUGGGGCAGCUUUUGCCCAGCCAAUAUUAUGUCCCACAACGGCAAUAACAAACAUCCUCUGUCCAGGAGGAAUAGUGGACACCGUGCCUCUCAUGGACAAUCAGAGAGCGUUGUCGGUCCAUUGCAGGACCCCAGGGAGCAGCAAGAGAAUGUUGUGUUGAGGAGAGGCUUUGUGCCCAGGACAGCUCCAGAGAGGGUGGCUCAGAGGAAAAGCUCCAUGGCUCAGCUGCAGGAGUGGGUCAACCAGAGGCGGGGCAUGGUUUCCCAGGACGACGUCAACAGCCCAUCUCAAUACUACCCAGUUAAUCAGAUGGUCUCUGCUGACUACUGUGGCUAUCCUGGUGGUCCCCAGUAUGUGGAGGAGUUCCCUAUAUACCCAUCAGGUGUCCGGCCUGACAGCAUCUGCUCCGUCUCUGCUGUGGGGGGAUAUGAUAGAGGAUGGACUGUGGAGCAGCGUCCCCCUCUGAGGGAUGGACCUCAUCAGCUGUAUGCACACCUAAUGCCCAGGGACCCAUGGGGGGCACAGUACUAUGGGGAAAUGGAAACAUCCAUGAGGCGACUGUCCAUCCAGCCACGCUCCAGGUCUAUGGCUAGGUCAUCUUCUUCCUCGUCAGGGGGGCCCUACUCACCGGUGCCUCCAAACUUUGCCUCACCAGCUCGAUCAUUAUCAGCCCGAUUUUCAGGGAAAGUGAGGGAUGAUGUGAUCUAUGCUGAUCCAUCAAUUUACAGCCUGAGAAGAUCUCUCGGCUCACCAAAGUAUGACUACUCUGGUGAAAGGAGGUCCUUAAGCCAAGGAUUAUACCACCAUAACUACCCUGUAUCCCCUUCAAUCCACAAUAAAAUGGAGGACAUAUUAGACCUUCAACUCCAACGUAACCUGGAAUACCUAGAUGAGCAGGUGCCUCUUUUCCAUGAUGUCUACAGCAGAGAGUUACAUCCCACACUGAAGCUCAAUGAGAUUGAAACCAGUAAACUCUUGGGUCGACUGUGUGAGCAGAAUCGAAUAUUGAAAGACCAUAAGGCUGUUGUCCACAGACUGAGAAUGGACAAGGACAGCCUAGAAGAAGUGCUGGUUGCAACUCAUCGGGAGAUGGAGCUGUACCAUAACCAGCCUUCGGCCAUGGAAAAGCUACAUUUCAAAAAAGAAACCCUGCAGAGCCAGCUCAUCAACAUUAGAGGGGAGCUCUCCCAGGCCUCCAGUGCUCUAACCACCACUCGCAUGGAGUUUGAAGCAUUAGAGGAUGAGACCAAUGCUAUCCAUGGAGAUCUAUGGGAGCAGCUUAAUGAAGGAGGACAGAGUGAAUUUGUGCGGAGGCACAUCCAAAAAGAGUUUUGGAGAGUCCAGGAUGUUUUGGAGGGACUGCACAAUAAUAACUUAUCUAGAGGUACUGACACAGCCAAGAACCGAGUGGCCAGCGGUGCAUCAGGCUCCUUUAGCACAAAUAGUCCAGCCAGUCCCCUGAGCUCAAUAAGCCUCACCAGCCCACUCAGCCCCUUCUCCCCAGUGCCUGGCUCCCACGUCUCCCCCAACAAACAGCGGGGCCUGGAGGAAAGUAUUCCCCCAAGGCCUCCUCUCCCCAAGGCCUAUUAUCCUUUGGAGCUCUCCCCUACCCAUCCCCCCUCCAUCCCCCCUUUGCCCUUUGACAGCACCGCCUGGCUACGCAGCUUGUGCCGUGAUGAUGGUUACCUUGAUGGUGAAGAUUCUCACAUCAGAAAGCUCCAGGUUGGUGAACAGAACACUCUCACUGAUAUGCAGGACCUGUUCCAGGAGAGGCAAUACAUCAUGAAUAAAGUUGGCAUUGUUCCUCUUAGAACCAAGGCCCCCACUGACGAAUUACAAAGCAGCUCUACUGAAGUGUCUCAGCAUUUUGGCAGGGUGCGGAAUGGAAUCUCUAGGGAACGUCCAAGGAGUGCUGUGUUUCCUGCAGAGAUGAAGUCAAAGAUGAGCAUAGAAGAGCAGUAUGAGCGAAUCCGCCGCAACCAGAGCAGCUCUGUCAGGGAGAAGAGGCGGAGCCUAAACCUCUCAGGGGGCCAGCCUUCAGCCAACUACAAAGUGGUGCGGAGGCGGUUGACUGCUCUUGAGAUCGACAUUAAAGAAAUGGAAACAGCAGUGCGAGGCCAGGGCCAAGAGUCACCACGGGAAGAAAUUGCUCGGCUGAGACGGUUACAGAUGGAACCACAACACUACGAUCUGGACGUUAGCGAGGAGCUGGUCGCUUCAAACAAGGUUCUGAUUCCAGAGCGCUAUCUUGAUGAGGAGGAUACCACUCCUCUGAGUCCUGAGGAACAGAAGGAGAAGCAGAAGAAACUAGAGCGGAUCAAGACACUCAUUGCCAAAUCAAAUUUGCAGAACAUGGUUCCUCUUCUGGAUGGCCCAGUGGAAGGUGGUGCUCUGGUCAGCUCCCAGCAGCAGUUGCAAGAGCAAGAGAAGCGAAUUGAGAUCUCCUGCGCUCUGGCUGCUGAGGCCUCUCGUCGUAGCCGCAUUCUCUCUGCCCAGUCCCCACCGAGCCUCUCAACUUCCCCAACCAACUUGGCCCCUUCUGACUUCCCCAACUCUGCCCUAAUCAUGAAGGUGUGAGUCUUACAAGCUCAAGCCUUGGCUGCUUUUAUAUUUGAUGGAGCAUCUUUCUGAGGAUUCACUGGACAAUGUGAGACAUGGAGAUGGACACAGAAAAUUAUUUUUUUUAGCACUUAACUGAUACUUAAAACAAAUGUGAAAGGAAGUUUUUAAGAGGCAAGAGCACAUUUAAAACCCAAAUUUAAGCCAUAAAGACUCCCUGCCCCACAUUCAUCCAACCCAAAACACCCACAUACUGUGUGUGUAUACAGUUGCACAAAAUAAGGCAGAAGAUCCCUUACCAUCUUCAAGUUCUGUAAUAUUUCUAUAUACAGAAUACAUAGGAUAUUAUAUAUAGGAUAUAAUGACACUUUGACAUAAGUCCGAAACAAGAUGCCUCUUAUAAUUUGUGAAAUCUCUUGUUGCAAACUCACUGUGAUGACUGUUUAAGCUAGACCUCAUGUAACAUGGAUUGCAUGAGCACCCAUCUUUCACUCUGAGCAUGACAGAAAACAGAAUUUGUUUCCAGGCAGAGCUAAAGAUGAACAACAUUAAAUAAACCAUGAUCCAUCUUACAGUGCUGCUAACAAUAACACAUUGUCUUACAUCAGAAUCAGAAAAUUACAUGUUAAAUAACAACAUUGAUUUUCAUAACUUAUAUCCUCUACCUCUUUAAUAUUUGCUGUCAUCACUGAGAUUUUAUUUACACUAAUACGGGUGGGUAUAUACUGAUAUACUUCUAAAUUAAAAAUGUAAUUCUUUAAUUAGUUCUGUAAUUACUACAUUAAGUGUUUGAGUAUGAAUAUAAGGGCCAUUUGUCAUGCUUUUAGGCCCAUGUAGUCUGCAUUUGGAACAGCAGACUGUAUUGAUGUUGACUGUGCAAGUAAAAUAAAGCUCAUGAAAUCUAGAUAGGGGUUCUGCAGUAAGUAUAAUUUUAGUUAUACACUUUCCCAUAUUGAAGCACACAGCUUUAAAGACUCUACCUGCUCUUAGUACAGAAUUGCCAUUAGUCAUAGACCAAUAUUAGUAUAUUUGGGUGCCAAAAUUUUGUUUGUACUGGAGCCUUUUCUCAUAUUGACUUCACUCUCUGGCGUGGAUUACCAGUCACAUUGUUCAAAACUAAAUCCCGAAAUGAUGUUUGUGUAUAAAUAUGCAAAUUUUGUCUCAUACUAAGACAGACACAUUUACAAUGUCUGGGCAUGCUGUCUGUUUAGUUCAGUUCUGUCUGAUGUGUUCAGACCAGAUUUGUGAGACAGCAAAUGUCAUGGGGCAAGCAUUAUGAUAAGGAGCACAACACCAGCAGUUAAUUAUAUACAGUAUUUACCUGUAUUAUAUGUAUGUCAACCUUUACAAGAGAUGAUUAAAAUGAGCAGCAGGUAGUUACACAAUCUCGUUUCUGAGAUAUAAGGGAAAGCAAUGUCAUGUGUGAGAGAAAACAACAACAAGCCUAAAAGGAGAAGGGUGGGUGUUGUUUGAAUUUUAUCAAUUCUAAUUCAGAUUCUCUAUCCAUUCUGGUUCCUAUCGAUUCGGAUCUUCAAUUCCAUUAUGUAAAAUAAAAAAUAAAGUGUGAAAAGCAGCAACAAUGGUAACAUUUGAGAACUAAGGUACAUCCAGUGCAUAACACCUAAUUGCUGUCUCGCGGCUCACUGUCCUUGAGGUACUUGCGAGGUGCUUGCACUGGUUGAGCAGGCUGACACUCAUACUCUGAGACCGCAAACACUGUACAUUUCUCUAAAUCAAUGUUGUGCUGCCUUUUAUGUGUAAAAAUUUGAGGUGCAACCCGACUUACAGCUAAUAAACAUCCUGCAUGUACUGCACUUGCCUCCUAAUCAUUCUCUCCAUCUAAAGUAUAGCCUGACGUUUGACCAUUUACUGUUUUCCAUCUUUCACACUGUUGCUCAGACGUUAAUCUUGCAUGCUAAACUUUAACUGGUAUCAAACAGGGGCACUGUUACGUUGAUGUGUGACUUAGACAGACAGGCCUAUACUGUAUAUGAUUUGGAACCUAGUUUCAGUUCCCAACCCUAGAAAGGAGAGACAGGUUAGGUUCCAACAUAUGCUGUUGAAAUACGUUAGAAGAGGGAUUCUCUAACCAUUUAACAAAUAUAGUUAUUAGACAAUGAAGAUUUUAGCACAGUUUACGAGUAGAAAAUGAGACAAGAACCUUACAUCUCUGAACUGUUUUGGCAGAGAACGUUGGGGCUCUCAUCCAGAACAUUUUCAUAUGAAUGGAGUGCAUUGAAGACAAAGUUGCAUCCUGAAAUUAUACCAUCGCCUCUCCUCCCAACACUAUGUGCAUCUUUUAGUUAAAUACUUUGGCAUUUCGCAUCAGACUUAGUGGACUUCAUCAUAGUGCUUAAGAAAUGCCCCAGUGAUUAUCUACACAUAUAUAGGCAAAGUAUGUUGGAUAUUUCUUUACAAAUGGAUUACUGUUUGUUUAAGGUGAUAAUAUAGGUGACCUUAGAAGAGUAACAUCAACAUAAUAAUUACUACACGUGGAGGAGUUAGCUAAUGAUGCCAUAAUUUGAGAGCAAUUAGCCUAUAUACUGGGAAAUACUGUCACAUCUCAUAAUGUUUCAUCCUGUCAUGCAGUGCCAAACGUCUACAAAGUGUGUUUUAUGUGUUGUGAUGAAUGGACGUCUUAAUGACAAGACUAAUGGUUUGAAUCUGGAUGAAACAAUGAUUAAUGACUUGAAGGUUUGAAAUAAAGGAACUCUUUUAUUAUGAA